GGCUGCAGCUGGCCAGGCGGACACCCCCUCUCUCCUCGCGAGCCUCACACUAUCGCCUUUUUCCUCUCUGCUUCCUCUCACAUCGCGCUCAGCGCCUCGGCUCUGUGCGCCUUCGCCCAGUAACUUGUGCGAAUCUUGUGUUUGUGACUGUGCUCACCCAUUUUCUCCUUCGUGUCCAAAGAGACCCUGUUUCCAGGUUGGAGCCGGGGGCGCUGCCGCCGAGUUCAUGGGGUGGUCCGGAGACCUGGGACUCUUCGCCUCUCUGCGACCAGUGCUUGCUGCUCUGACGCGCAGCCAGUUUCUUCUGCUUCACUCUGGCUGCAGAUUUCUGUCCUAGGAUCGCAGCUACAGGUUGAAGUCAGACGAGGUUUCCUCUCCUUGGGGGUCCUGUGUUAUCCGCAGUGUGGUUGCUGGCUUUUGUUUGCGAAGCUGUGGAGCGCUGUCUCCCUUUCCACCUCCCUCCGCCAUCCCUUUUCAGGGAAGGUCUAGAUCCUGGAGUUUGAUGUGAGGAUCUCCUCGGUGUGGAGAGUCAAGUCGCUAAUGAGCUCUCAGCUAUCGGCUUAAGUGGUGUUAGGCAACCGCGAUCAUCUGUCUGGGCCUCUGUUUCUGUUAACUGUGAGUUAAGAGUGUUAGAUUAGUGGGUAGAUGAUCUCUAAGGUCCCUUCCAGCUCUGACAUCCUCGUACUAAAGUUGUGGUUAACUUAAUACAGGAGAAUUUACUAUGGAAAGGGCAUAUGGAGCCAAAUUAGUUUUAGUGCAGCUGUUUUUGAUCCAGAAACACUUUCAGAAUCACGUGAGAUCUUUUGUGAGAAUGGAGGACUGAGGAGCUCUUUUACCUUGAGCAGGGUGCAUUGUAUUUGAUUGUUAUAGGAAGUGGAUAAGAAGUAAGGGAGGGAUUGGUUGACUUACCACAGCAUUUGCUUUCAAGAUAGUUAACAGUUAAAUUGAGAAGACAAGACACAAAUAUCUGCAGUGUUUUCCUUCUCUGACUCCUUUAGGCUUGCGGGUCAUUCCACGGUCACUUAUGUCAUCAACACACUUUGUUUAGAGGAAAUCUUAAAGAUCUAUCAAAAUCCAAACUAUGCUUUAAAUAACUUGUGGAUUUGUCAUUGUGGAACUUACACCAGUCUUGAGCAUAUUUCUGUUCUCAGACAUUCUCUCUUCAGAUGUGGGUCUGUAUCUCUAGACUAAGUAGGUGCCCUGAUGAAAACAACUAAAAAUGCUGAGGAGGAAAACCUACAUAAGUGUAUUUGAAAUGUACAGUAAAGAAUACUUGAAGCCUCAAAACUAAAUGAAAGAGGGAACUCCUAAGAGCACAGGAGAAAGCGGCGUUCUACACCAUUGACCACUUCCAUGCCACCUUCACAAGCCACAGAGAAAAGCCCGUAUUUCCAGACCACAGAGAUCUCGCUGUGGACGGUGGUGGCUGCUCUUCAGGCCGUGGAAAAGAAGAUGGAGUCCCAGGCUGCCCAGCUGCAGAGCCUGGAGGGCCGUGCGGGGACAGCUGAGAAGAAGCUGGCUGACUGUGAGAAGACGGCUGUGGAGCUCGGCAACCAGCUGGAGGGGAAGUGGGCCGUGCUGGGGACCCUGCUGCAGGAGUACGGGCUGCUGCAGCGGCGGCUGGAGAACAUGGAGAACCUGCUGCGCAACCGGAACUUCUGGGUGCUGCGGCUGCCGCCGGGCAGCAAGGGCGAGGCCCCCAAGGUAUCUAGGGCUCUUGAGAACGAUGGUGUCUGCUUCUCCGAGCAGGAAUGGGAGAACCUGGCCGACUGGCAGAAGGAGCUCUACAGGAACGUCAUGCAGAGCAACUACGAGGCGCUGGUUUCCCUGAAAGUCCUUGGCCAGCCAGAAGGAGAAGCAGAGCUGGGUGCAGAGAUGCUGGGUGACUUGGAGGAGGAGGGCCUUGUCGGUGCCCACCCUGCAGAUGGGACAGUGCUCAGACCCGAGGUGCCGAGCCAGCUGGAAGGCUGCAUGUUCCCAGGCGCGGCUGAGGAGCCGGAUUUCCUGGGCCCAGUGCAGACUGAGCUCUGGGAUGGGCAGGGCAGUUCUGCCCUCUUGGAACCAGGUCCCGGGGACUCUAACCUGGAGGAGCCCCUGGAGGGCAGUAGAGACCCUGCCACUGGCAGAACUCUGGGCUGCUCCCCAAACCAGAAAUCCCACAGGCAGGCGCAGCUGGGUCAGGAAUGUGGGCAGGGCCUGAAACUGAAAAGGAGCAAUUCCGGCCCCUACGAGUGUUCGGAGUGUGACAUCAGCUUCUGCUACAAGCAACAGCUGGCUGCACAUCUGCGGGGCCACAUGGGGUGGGCGUCCUACCCCGAUGCGGAGCCUGAGGAAAGCCUCAGGCCCAGGCCACAGCUGAAGCCUCAGGCGAAGAGGGCCAAGUUGCACCGGUGUGAUGUGUGCCAGAAGAGCUUCAGCUGCAGGGUGAGCCUGGUGACCCACCAGCGCUGUCACUUGCAGGAGGGGCCCAGCGCUGGCCCUCGAAUCCAGGAGAGGUUCUCACCCAACAGCCUGGUGGCGCUGCCUGGCCACAUCCCCUGGCGGAAGAGCCGGAGCUCCCUCAUCUGUGGCUACUGCGGCAAGAGCUUCAGCCACCCAUCCGACCUGGUGCGGCACCAGCGCAUCCACACCGGCGAGCGGCCCUACAGCUGCCCUGAGUGCGACAAGAGCUUUGUCCAAAAGCAGCACCUGCUGCAGCACCAGAAAAUCCACCAGCGGGAGCGUGGCGGGCCCGGCCCUGAGCCUGGGAGGCCCAACAGCCUGCUGUAGGGUGCGGCCCCUCGCCGUCGGGGGUGGAGGGGGGCAGCAUCAGUGCCCCCGAAAUACCAUGCUAGCCAGGGAUUGACUGCUUCCGGACUGCCUUCCCACACCUGAGUGCCAGGCUGAGGCCCAGGCUGUCCUGAAACCAUGUGGAAGAGGAGGGGCCAGUGCCCACCUCUCCUGCAUCUUGGCUUGCCGCUGGUUCUGCUGGCACUGGCCCUUUGUUUCUCUGGUUUCCCGGUCCUCUGAUACUCUGGGCUGGGUUGGCUGCUGAGCCACAGGGCCACGUGCCGGUGAGCAGCUGUAGGACGAGGACAAAUUCUGGGAAGGCUCCCUCCACGUCCUCUUUUGUCCUCUCUGUUAAUAAUGAGUAGAAGAAAUAAUUUAAGUGAGCAGUUACCCCUCUGAAGACUGUUUUUUUGGAGUUAGAUUCUAGUUGAUUUAAAAAAUAUAAUGCAACAUUUGUUUUUUAAAUUUCAAGAGUCAUAGAAGUUGUUCCUAACUUGGGGACUGGGCCUGCCCUCUAGGAGGGAGUAGUUAAUGGGGCUUUUAGCCCACUCACACAUACCAGAGUCGGGGAACAGAGACACAGCCAGGCUCUCAGCCCUGACACUGAUUGUCUCCGGAGGACAGAGAGAGAGAGAGAGAGAGAGAGAGAGAGAGAGUGUGUGAGAGAGUAGGAGGGGGACCCAAAGCCACUGCUGAAGAAAGGUUCCUGAGGAGCCCAGUGAGGUUCUGGUUCUGGUUCUGGGCGAGUUGAUGCCACACAGGGCCCCUCUCCCAGCCCCGCUGAGCUGUUUCUGCAGCCUUCAAGGGUAGGAGACUGUCUGGUUGCCUGAGAUCAUUCAGCUUGUGCUGGGGGUUGAGUUUGUUCCUGUUGUACCCUUCACUUCUUGAGGGCAAGUCCUGCCCCAGCGAGGAUAGAGACUCACUAGAUAGAUGGUUCCGGAGUGUGGAGUGCUUGCCCCACUGUUGGGAGCUGGGCGAGGGCUCCUAGGCCAGAUGGGAACCUCCCCUUGAAUGAUCUGCAGUUGCCUAGAAUAAAACUUACUAGCAAAAA